UCCCACCAGCUGGCGUCGCUAUAGAGUCGCUCAUUGGUUUCCUUGACGUGAAACAGUAGAAGAAGAAGCGAAGGCGCUGCGGGGAAACUCAAAAUGUCUGCUCCGAAAACCAUCCCCAAAGAUGCCCAGGUGAUGAUUCAGAUCCUGAAGGACAUGGGCAUCACAGAGUACGAGCCCCGAGUCAUCAACCAGAUGUUGGAGUUCACCUACAGAUACGUGACGACUAUCAUCGAGGACGCCAAAAUCUACUCCACACACGCCAAGAAGUCCACCGUGGACGCCGAUGACAUCAAGCUAGCGAUCCAGUGUCGCAUGGACCAGUCAUUCACCUCGCCGCCUCCUCGAGAUUUUCUGUUGGAGGUGGCUCGGCAGAAGAAUCAGACUCCUCUCCCUCUGAUCAAACCUUACACCGGACCACGACUUCCUCCAGACCGCUACUGUCUGACCGCUCCGAACUACAGACUGAAAACCGUGCAGAAGAAGGUGUCAUCGUCGGCCGGCAGGAUAUCAGUGCCUCGGCUCAGUGUUGGCGCCGUCUCCAGCAGGCCGGGCACGCCGACCCUCGGGACUCCAUCUGUUCAGUCUGUCACCACUAAAGUCGGAACUCCAGUGUCUCUGACGGGUCAGAGGUUCACCGUACAGAUACCACCGCCUUCUCAGACGGCCACCACCAAAACUACCACGCCAUCUACGCCGGCCGUCUCCAACGUCCUCAUCAACCCGUCUCUGAUCGGCUCCAAGAACAUCCUCAUCACCACCAACAUGGUGUCCCAGAACUCCGGAGGAGAGUCGCUGAAGAGGAAGCACGAAGACGAGGACGACUACGACACUCUAUGACGACGAGACCGAACGCAGCUCUCGUUUUUAUAAUGAUGCUAAAAAAACAGAUCAAUCCCUGCUUCUGUUCUCACCACAAACUGAUCCAGAGCAUAGUUAGGUUUUCUAGAACAUUAAUUUAACCAGAGAGAAGAACCGCAGCCUUCAGUGACACCUGUUCACACCGGGAGAGGAGUCUGCUGUCAGGAGACUCAGAGCAGCAGAGGACACCUGUUUCACUGAUUUACAAUAAAAUAUGUUCAAAUCCAA